AUGCAACAAAGCCAACAGAAGAUCUAUUAAUUGCAAAGUCUCAGAGAAGAGUUUUCUGGAUUUCCGAUCUAGCCAACAGUCUCGAAGCCUGCUUAACCAAAGAAAAAUUCUAGUUUGCUCUAAGCACAAAUCAAAUAAGCAUAAUCAAAGAAUCUUGAGCAGACGUUAAAAACAGACGGUAGGAAAACUCAAGUGUGCAAUUCUUUGUACAUUCCAUCUCUGGCAAAGAAGAAAUUGCCAGUAUACCCUUCAUUCCUAUAAAAAGACGAUCAAAAACAAAACAAUGCGAAUUCCAUUGUCAAGUCUAGAUUAUCUGUAUUUAAAGAAUUUCAAGACGUCCCCAAGGAUUAUGCAGCUAUUUCCACGAAGGAUGAUGAAAGCGAUACUGAAUUUGACAAGUAAAUACCAAUUAUCUUAAAAUUGCAUAGGUUGAUGAGUGAAAUUGAUAUGAAUUUAAAACAAAGCUUCCUUGAUAGCUGCCAGAGCUCGCCAAGAAGAGAUCAAGAGCAUUUUGAGACUCUUAACUCUCCUAUCUAAUUCUCAGCUAGGACUCUCCAGCAUUCAAGUUCAGAGAAAAUCAUGAAAAAGGACAAUACUUAACAUUAGCCUUCCAAGAUUCUUAAAAUUAUGAAUGUUAGAGAUCAUCAUUACAUUGUAAAGUACGAGAGAAUUGAAGACGCUGAGUCAGCUUUUACUUCAUUAGCUUAGAAAUACGAAAUAAAUUAUAUUAGCACUUAGCAUGCUUCUGACGAAGCCCUUUACUAUCUAAAUAAGAUUAGAGGUGGAGACUAACAAGAAGAAGAUGCCUGUCUUACAUUAAAUAUGUUUAAACUGAAAAGCAAUGUUUCAUAUUAGAAUAACUCACAAAGAGAUAAUGCUCCCUACCAAGGUUUAAAUACAAUGAAUGAUAGUUUUAAACAAUCAUUUAUCUCAAACUAGACACUGGAGUCUUAUUCCUCAAAUAAUGAAGACAAUAGAAAUCAGGUUUAUACUCAAUAGAGUAACUUGAAAUUCUAACAAAGCUUGUAUUAAAACCAGAUAUAAAGAACAUUUUCUGUUCCAUAAUAUCACCAGAACAAUUUGCAAUACAUUUAAAAUACCUAUCAACAGUAGUAACUUCUAGCAUAGUAAAAUUAAAUGGUAUCAAAUUUCGCUUAAUACUAGUAAUAAUACUAUGGCAAUCAACAAAUUAUGAUGUCAAGGAACGAUGCAAUCUUCCAAAACUAUCAAAACUUUACUCCAGUAUAAAGGAAUCCCUACCAGAUUAAUGACCUUCAAUCGAAGUCAUAAUCUCAAUCCUUUAUCUCAACAGGUUUUGAAUAUGCUGACCAAUCAAAAAUGAUUCCGAAUCACAGCUAUAUACCUCAAAUGCCCUUAAAGGAAUCAAGCAAAUAAAUAACAAAGUCCUUUGAAGAAUAUUUAAGUCUUGAAAAGGCAAUUGAGAGAGUAAACCUAAGUGCCAGUGAUGAAGAAAAUAAAAAUUAAGAGAACGAGACAAACUAAACUACAUAGGUUUCAAAUGAAGUGCUUAACUAAUCGAUAUCGCCAAAGAAUGACAAUGAAGUCAAUUUGUCUGAAAUUCAGCAAAACUUUAUUUUGCCAUCUGAGGAUACCUCUAGUAUUUAACAAUCCUAGAACACAAGACAUAAUACAGGAUUCAAAUUAAAUUUGAAUGAUAUCCUGAACUUUAAGGAUCAGAGAACUACAAUAAUGAUAAAGAACAUCCCAAACAAGUAUACUUAGAAAAUGCUUUUAGCAAAGAUAAACCAAAAUCACAAGGAUAAAUACGAUUUCUUCUAUCUCCCAAUCGAUUUUAAGAACAAAUGCAACGUUGGAUAUGCAUUCAUCAAUUUUGUUGACUCCAUCUUUAUCUUGAAGUUUUUUGAGGAGUUCAAUGGCAAGCGAUGGGAGUGCUUCAACUCAGAGAAAAUCUGUGAGAUUACCUAUGGACGUAUCCAAGGUAAAUUAAACCUCAGCGAGCACUUUGACCAGUCUAACUUAUGGUACUAAAAUGAUAGAAAAGUAAAGCCUUUGAUCUUGAAUGUUGUUCCACCUACCACUAGCUUCCUUAAGGACUACAGAAAAAAUCUACUCUUAAAUUUUGGAUAAAAGGAAACUUAACUUAAGUUCCAAAAGAGAGAGGAAGAAUAAGAUAAAUGCUAGAACUAUACUAAUAGUGGAAAUGACUACAAUGGCUCUACAAGAUAAGUUAGAAAAGCCUUUUUUGAGGUAAACAAAUGA